AUGGACUGGGAAAAUCGAUGGCCUUAUCGGACUGCAAUCUAUCAAACUGGUUACUCUCAGUUCUUCGAUUCCUACACCGAUCAGUGCGAUGAUACUUCAUUCUACGUUAUCGAUUUUAUAGGGCCGAAGAUCACGAAAGAGCUACGAAUCAAGCUAAAUAGGCUCACACACGAGGUUAGUUAUGUUCUGGCAUAUUACUCGGAUCUCUUGAAUGUACAAUACUCGCACGCAUUCGGAAAUCCGAGCAUAUUAUCAGGCGCCGUCAGUUUUGUCGAUGUCGACAUUGGUUACGAUGGACAUAGAUUCUGCCGACAGGGUGUUCAGGAGCCUGACCAUCACAACCCAAACACACAUUUCUCCAACCUCAACUUGCUCGUGACAGCAGACAACGAGACGGUAGCGGUCGGCGAUACGAACAUGACGAUUCCUCGCGAAAAUGCUACGGUUGGAUGGAUCGACGCCAACUACGGCGAUGGCGUGCAUGCAGCCUGGGUGUGGGUUACGAAAACGUUUCAUCCGACUCCAGCUGGGUUCACUCACACCAAAGAUAUCGUAAUCUUUACCAAGCUAUUAUUCCGGCAAGCCAUGCAAUACUGGGCGUUCACUGCCAGAGAUGUUGAUCUUCUGGUUCUGGGGGAUUACGUCGCAUUUGCCUCCCAAGACCCGAAUUCCGACAUUUAUCAAGGAAUUAUCCCUCAUUUGAAGGCCGUCUUCCUAAACCACCAAUACUACAACUUGCCUUGGGGGUCAGAAUAUUUUGUUAGGGCAACAUUCAUGGGCUCACAGAAGCCAGAUAACGCCAACUCGGAGUUCCACGAAUGCUACAAACUGGCAUCCAUCGACGAGUUGCACGCCAAGUUCGUCGCGGCGCCUGAUUUCCAUCUUCAAAACAAGGUCAUCCUUCUGCUGGCCGGAACUAUCGACGUGCUGUAUGAUAUGGAUUUGGACAACAGGCCCAACCGCUACACCAGCCUUAUACACGAUAUUUUUGACGCGGACCCUGACGCCAAGAUAUUCGCUGGCCACAUUCCCAUGAUCGGCUUCGACUUCCAGGACCCAUUCAAGUGGUAUGGGCUUCAGAAAAGAGUUGCGCAGUUCAACGCUCGCCUCAAUGCACUUGUUGACCAGCUAUCAACAGAAGGCCACUACCGCAUCAUGACCGUUCACACCUCGGCCACCACAAAAGAGCACCUGGAUGGGGAUUUACUGUUACCCAAUACACGAGGAUAUCUUCGCAUUGCUCUCAACUUCGUCGAGCACAUGGCCAUGGCCGCGUUAAUGGGAUGGUUUCGCGACCCGUCCUCGAAUGGCGUGGACAGUCAGCCUCCAGCGCGCCCCGGCGACAACGACACACUUGUCGUUGACAAAGUAACCUGCAAUCAAGAGUUCCAAUACUUUACAGGGCAGGGUAUGCCGACAAAAGAAGACAUCCUCAAGUCCAUCCUGCGGGGCGCCUCCAUGGAUGACUUUAUCACCAAGGUUGCCUGCAACGCCUCCGAGAUCUGCAAGUGGGCUGUUGAUGGAGUAGUAAGUCUGCUCUCUCAAACCUCCCCAUUUCUUGUUUCAAGACAACGAAUCUAA